AUGUCAGACUCUCGCAGUAUCCACCCGGAGCUUGUGAAAGACCAACGGUGGGACACUUGUUCAACUUCUUCGCAGCUUCCAGAAGGCUAUACACCAUCACUCGCAGAUCAGAAUGCUUCCCUGGUCGGACAAUCCCCCAUAAGCGUACGGGCUCCCGAACCCGAAUGCUUGACCUGGAAUCAUACGUCACCGGUCCAGAAAGAUCAGUUUGCAGAAAAGAUGACUGCAGGGUUUGAGACGUUGAGUAGUGGUCCGGUAUCGCCGGUAUCUCCUUUGAACCCCUCAGAUGCUUUGCGAACGCCCAAUGCUUCCGAACGACGCCAACAGCAGCCCUCCUCACCCGGGACCAUGUCACAACUACCCCCUCGAGUUCACUCUCCAGCGUCUCAGAUCUUUGAACGAAGUGUUCAAGAGGAUAUAUUGCCUCAACAAGCAUCCCCGUCGAUCGCGGCGCACAUUCGCACAGAAAACUAUAUUCCUCCGGUCCUCGAGGCAUCGUCGGCUGCAAUAACUGACGAGCAACUGGAUCCAGAUUCGGUUGAAAUUGUAACGCACAGCCUCCACCAACCUGCGGCCUUGGGUGUGACUGCCAUAUCAACUGCUGAGCAGUCAUUAGCCUCCUCUGGCAUUGUUGACCAUACUGCAAUGCAUUCUAGUGAUGGGGAUGAGAUGUCCUCAUCACAUGGUGCAUUGGAACAAGCAGACGUGAGACGACUGAGUUUCAUCUCUUUUGCUGAUGUUGUCAACGCCGAACAUGCGGAGACAGGCGAAUCCGUAUUUAAUCGAGAUCUUUCUCAGAGUGGGAUGGCUCCAGGGAAUCCCAUUUUUGCAGGAUCUCAUAAUCGGUCGCCGUCACCGCUCCAAACCCCUGGUUCAUCACAUGGACUUGGGACAUCCCCUCCUAGCAGCAUUGCGACCUCCUUUAAAGGCUUGGAAAUGUCUCCCAACCACGGUGGUCGAAGGGCAGGCAGUCCAUUACCUAUGGCACAAAGUCCUGUGUCUUCUAGCUUCGGUGGUGAAUUCAAUGUUGAAACAAUGCGGCAGGCCCUCCGAAGAACGGGCAGUGGAGAUUUGAGUGGUAUUACAAGCCAGACUGCAAGCGCUGUUGGGCAUGAGGAGACGUUUGACCGUUUGUUUUAG